CCAUCUUUACAUCUCCCACGUCUUACUGGAACAUAUAUGCACACUAGAAUUCACAAACAUAUACACACAAAAAACCACAACGAACACACGAAAUAGUAAAAAUGGAAAAGAUACAACACAAGAUGGUAGCAGUGAACGGCAUAAACAUGCACGUAGCAGAGCUUGGCACAGGACCAACGAUCCUCUUUAUCCAUGGCUUCCCAGAGCUCUGGUACACCUGGCGCCACCAGAUACUCUAUCUUGCCUCACAUGGUUACCGUGCUGUGGCACCUGAUCUCCGUGGCUACGGUGACACCACUGGUGCUCCUGUUUCCGACCCCACCAAGUUCACCACCCUUCAUGUGGUUGGAGACCUGGUGGCGCUCAUCAACAUUGUGGCUGCUUCGGGCGAGGACAAGGUGUUUGUGGUGGGACAUGACUGGGGUGCAAUGAUUGCUUGGGCUUUGUGUCUUUAUCGGCAGGAUAAAGUAAAGGCCUUGGUGAGUAUGAGUGUUCCUUUCAGUCCAAGGAAUCCUAAGUUCAAACCUAUUGAUGGACUUCGUGCUCUCUAUGGAAAUGAUUACUACAUCAUCAGAUUCCAGGAACCCGGAGAAAUCGAAGGUGAAUUUGCGGAAUGGGGUACAUAUAGAGUAUUAAAUGAUUUCUUCAAAUAUCGCAAACCUGCCCCCCUUUUUCUACCGAAGGGUAUUGGGUUUGGAACCUCAGAUGAUGAUCCCAUAAUCUUGCCUUCAUGGAUGUCCAAAGAAGAUCUUGAAUACUACUCCAGCAAAUUCGAGAAAACUGGCUUCACCGGAGGUCUAAACUACUAUCGAGCUUUGAACUUGAACUGGGAGCUAACUGGUCCAUGGACCGGAGCUCAAGUGAAGGUGCCUGUUAAGUUCAUCGUGGGCGACCUUGACCUGACCUACAACUCGAUGGGUGCUAGAGACUAUAUAGAAAAAGGAGGGUUUAAAAAAGAUGUGCCUCUUUUAGACGAUGUAACCGUCCUUCAAGGUGUAGGGCAUUUUCUUCAUGAAGAAAAACCUGACGAGAUCAACAAACAUAUCCAUCAAUUCUUAAACAGCUAUAUAUGCAUCAAACCAGAUCAUUUAUGCUCAAUCAAUGAAAACAAGUGGUGCAUUGGUUCAAUCAGCCAUAAAAUUAAGGAGACGUUGCGAAGAUAUUUACUCGAAUAACUGAUAAGAUCUUGCAUAGCUACCAUAACUAGUGUAAUGAGUCGAUGAGAAAGUAAACAUGUAGUGUUCAUUCAAAUUAU